AUGCCUGUGCAAAGAAGAAGCAAGUUGCUGCUAAGAAAAAGGCAGUUAAGGCAGCUAGAGGUAGUACAACUAAGAAAAAAGGUUAACUUAAAGGACAAUAACUAUAAUCUAGAUAAGGACAUAAAGGUUAAAGAUAGUAAAGCGUUUAACUAUAAGGUUAGCUGUGUUAUUUGCUAUAACAAUCCUAAAUCUCUUAACAACCUGUUUAUAAUCUACAUUGCUAAAGGUGUAAAGAUGCCUAUAAUUCUAGGCAAAACUUUUAAGUUACCUAAUAUCUUAGCCCUACUUUACAUUAUUUUUGUCUAUAAUAAUAGUUACAAAUCUCUGUGCGCAAACUGCGGCAAGAAUGCACUUUUAAUAGGGCCUAUGCUAGCUGUAACUACUUCCCUAAGUGGGAUGUACCCGCCAACUAGUAUACAGGCCCGACUUACAAGGGUAUCCUGCGUAGGCACAUUUAAGCAGAUAAGGAGUAGUUCUAGAUACAAUUACUAG